AUGCCCUCGCUGCGACUCAACCAACACCAAGUUCUGCUACUACAACAACUACAGCCUGUCCCAGCCCCGCUACUUCUGCAAGGGCUGCCGUGCCGCAAGAACAAGAGAUCCUCCUCGUCGUCGAAAAAACCUGAAAGUACCCCUCAAGCCCUAACCGCAUCCAGUUCGAUGACCAGUAAUCCUUUGCUCUCUUAUGCUGCGCCUAGUCAUGACCUCACUCUUGCUCCUUUACUUUUGGGCCCAAACCCUAACCCUAACCCUAAUUUUCUGGAUAUUUUGAGAAGUGGGUUUCUUGAUUCUGCAAACCCCGAAGGGUUUAGCAAUCUGUGUAGCUAUGGGUUUGAUGGGGGUUUGGGUUUGAGCUCAACAGCGACGACGACCACAACUACUGCUGUAUCAGAGACAGGAGAUCAUGACAACAAGAUGAUGAUGAUGGGGCAUCAAUGGCAGCUUAAUGAUGCCAAUAAUGGUAAUGUGGGGGUUGAUUCUGCAAGAGAUUAUUGGAGUGGAGGUGGUGGGUAUAAUUGGCAGGGGAUCAUUAACAGUUCUUUGAUGUAG